GAGGCGGCCGAGGAGCUUAGCGGACGGGGAAGCCCUGGCGGAAAGGAAAGUUGAGAGGCAAGAUGCAGAGCUGGAGUCGUGUGUACUGCUCCUUGGCCAAGAGAGGCCAUUUUAGUCGAAUAUCUCAUGGCUUACAGGGAGUUUCUGCAGUGCCUCUGAGAACUUAUGCAGAUCAACCAAUUGAUGCUGAUGUGACAGUGAUAGGUUCUGGUCCUGGAGGAUAUGUCGCUGCUAUCAAAGCUGCCCAGUUGGGCUUCAAGGCUUUAUUAAAUAACUCUCAUUAUUAUCAUAUGGCCCAUGGAAAAGAUUUUGCAUCUAGGGGAAUUGAAAUGUCUGAAGUUCGCUUGAAUUUGGAGAAGAUGAUGGAGCAGAAGAGUACAGCAGUAAAAGCUUUAACUGGUGGAAUUGCCCACUUAUUCAAACAGAAUAAGGUUGUCCACGUAAAUGGAUUUGGAAAGAUAACUGGCAAAAAUCAGGUCACUGCUACGAAAGCCGAUGGCAGCACUCAAGUUAUUGAUACGAAGAACAUUCUUAUAGCUACAGGUUCGGAGGUUACUCCUUUUUCUGGAAUCACGAUCGACGAAGAUACAAUAGUGUCAUCUACAGGUGCUUUAUCUUUAAAAAAAGUUCCAGAGAAGAUGGUUGUCAUUGGUGCAGGAGUAAUAGGUGUAGAACUGGGUUCAGUUUGGCAAAGACUUGGUGCAGAUGUGACAGCAGUUGAGUUUUUAGGUCAUGUUGGUGGAGUUGGAAUUGAUAUGGAGAUAUCUAAGAACUUUCAACGCAUCCUUCAAAAACAAGGAUUUAAAUUUAAAUUGAAUACAAAAGUUACUGGUGCUACCAAGAAGUCAGAUGGAAAAAUUGAUGUUUCUAUUGAAGGUGCUUCUGGUGGGAAAGCCGAAGUUAUCACAUGUGACGUACUCUUGGUUUGCAUUGGCCGACGACCCUUUACUCAGAACUUGGGACUGGAAGCGCUUGGAAUUGAACUAGAUCCUAGAGGUAGAAUUCCAGUCAAUACCAGAUUCCAAACUAAAAUUCCAAAUAUCUACGCUAUUGGGGACGUGGUUGCUGGUCCAAUGCUGGCUCACAAAGCAGAGGAUGAAGGCAUCAUCUGUGUUGAAGGAAUGGCUGGUGGCGCCGUGCACAUUGACUACAACUGUGUACCCUCUGUGAUUUACACACACCCUGAAGUUGCUUGGGUCGGCAAAUCAGAGGAGCAGCUGAAGGAAGAGGGUAUUGAGUACAAGGUUGGGAAAUUCCCCUUUGCUGCUAACAGCAGAGCUAAGACAAAUGCGGACACAGAUGGCAUGGUGAAGAUUCUGGGACAGAAAUCAACCGACAGGGUGUUGGGAGCACACAUUCUAGGACCGGGCGCUGGUGAAAUGGUGAAUGAAGCCGCUCUCGCGCUGGAGUACGGAGCAUCCUGUGAGGAUAUAGCCAGAGUCUGCCAUGCACAUCCGACCUUAUCAGAAGCUUUUAGAGAAGCAAACCUGGCUGCAUCGUUCGGCAAAUCAAUCAACUUUUAAAUUAGAAGAUUAUAUUUUUCUGAAAUUUCCUGGGAGCUUUUGUGGAGGUCACAUUUCUGAAUAGGAAAUGCUCACAGCUCCAAGAAUUUCUAGGACUGAAUUACGAAACUUUUGGAAGGUUUUAAUAGGUUCGGAGAGAAUGGAAUAAUCUCAUCUAUUUUAAAAUAAAUUGAAUAUUUUGUUUCAGUGCAUUGAAAUUGCAGAAAAAGCUACUUAAUAGUAGCAUCCUGGAAAAUUUUCUUCAACCCAUAUUUUCAUGUUGUUUCUGAACGAUUCGACUUUACUAAACUUACAUUACAUAGCUUUUAUCUCUGCUCUUGUAAAGUUGGAUUUACUUACGUGGAUGGAGCUGGCAUAGGGUAUGUGAGCCAGCUGUGUUUGAAGCAAGGCGAUCAAGUUAUUUUAAACUUGGUUUUCGUAUUAGAAACAGUCAUUAGGAUCAGAUUAAAAUAUGUAUAAACCAUACUGAUGUAAAUAAAUGAUCUCACUUAUUUUAUUUAAUCCCCAAAUUCUUGCAGCUUAGAGGUAGAAUUUAUGUUUAAAUUUUUAAGGACCCAUUGAGGUCUGCAGUUUCUAGUUACCCAGUUAGCCAAAUUAAGGAGGUAUAUCUGUGAAAUUCAAAUAUUAAAUGAAGACAUAACUGUAUUACAGCGGGGAAUGAAAAUACAGAAAUAAAUAGUCUUAAAUAUUCAUUUACCUGUUGUUUUGAGUGGAUGUCAAGAUGGUCCUAAUUCUUUUAUGACUACCUGUAGUGUAUAUUCUUACCUUACAUCUGUUUAUUCCUCUUCUAGGCCUGGAUGUAUCUUUUUACCACACUGGGGGACGACAUUAAGGCAUUUAAAAGGUCAUUACCCUUUCAUCUGUUGUAGUGAUACCAGCUAACUGUGGAGCAUACACUUUUGGAGAUACAGCAUAUGGAAAAUUUAAUCUGUUUUCUCCUGUGGCUUUCUAGUGUAUCCGUGGCUGGGUAAAUGACUUUCUUUAAAGAGUGCUAUAAAAUCAUAUUUAUCGAUUAAUGUUUAAAAUGGCCAGCUUUUGAAACACUUCAGUAACAAAGUAUUAAAUGUUAAAAUAGGUUUUUGCAUAUUUUAACUAAAUUAAAGAAUCAGAUUAAGUAGUUCUCAAAUUUAGGAUAGCAUAUUCUAACAAGGAAAAACUAAAAGUACUAGAAAUGUGCAAACUAGAUACUCACUUGAUUGCAACUUACAGAUCACAGCCUAAGGGAAAGUUUAGAGAGUGUAAUGAGUCAGCAGAAGGCUAUGUGGGAUAAGGUACUGUCAAUCGCUCAGUUAGAAGGAAAGUGUUGAGUUGUCCUCAGGUUUUAAUUGCAUCAUCGGUGGGUCACAUUUCCCUUUUUCUUCUGUGUCCAGUAGUCUGGGACUGUGAUAGUCAUGAAUGAUCCAUUAUAAAGACUUUGGAUUCUCUUACUUACCUCGGAAAAAUAGGGAGUUUCUCUCUCAGUGGGCAGUUAACUUGGCUGAACCCCAGCUCCAUUUUUGCUGGGGGCAGCAGCUGAAACAUUUACCCAGUCAUUUCAGCUUCACCUUGGCUGCAUUACAUCUGCCCCACGCAUGUGUAGUUCAUAGGUCAACUGGACACUGGGCAACUUAUAUGCAGAGUUGGGGGGCCCUCCCCACAUGUGUCUUCUGGGGCUCCCCCUGCCUCAUAUUUUAUUCUCGAUGCCCCUGACUCAGUCUUCCAAUUCCCUAAUCAGUAAAACUUGGCUUCUGCCAAGUGUGAUACUUGCUGGGACCCAGUGCUGUUCUCGGACACCUCCCCUCUAUCUCCUGCCUGCUUCUGGUGGGUCUCCAGGACCUUUACUUUAAAACAUCUGUAUU